AUCCAUCCUAUCAAGUGGGCACGUGGGCAUGGUCCAACCCUCCGCACAAAUGACGGCAGUGGAGCAUCGCAAGCCAUUGACACAAGCAGAACUCAUUCUCGAAGACAUAGCAGCUGAAUAUGCUGCAAAGCGCGCCGCGGGGUUGGUACCGAUGAAGCCUGUGCCAGCACGAGCGCUGUUGUGGGAGGAGAUGGCGCGGCAAAAGAGUCGGUCGGGGUCGCGCAAGGGCUGCUUGUUUGGGCGUGACACCGAGGACAUGAAGUGUGGAUGCUCUUCAUUUUGCCAAUCAUACACGGACAAAGGGUCGAUUCUGUGUGUGCAAUGCGGGCACGGUGCUCCUUGGCACAAGAUCGUCGGUGGCGAACGCAUCCUCGACAUGGUGUCCAUCGUUGAAAGCAUGAACCACGACGAAGACUACGACAGCCAGCUCGACAGUUUGUACAGUGAGUUUGGAUCGGAAAUGUCCGAAGACGACGAAGAUAUCAGCAAUGAAGUUGCCCGACCAUACCAUCCGCAUCCUGCUGCGAACACACUUGGGAUGUCGAGCUUUGGUAGACCGUCAACACUGAAGUCAGGCGGUGGCCGCUCGAGCGACUUAAGCCACUUGCUCAGCUUGGAGGGCUCUGAUCACGAUGAAAUUGCCGACGCGCUGCUGCGUGGAAUGGCCCAGAGCGCCGGCCACCAGGCGUCGUCGUAUUCGAAUGUAUCACAACUGUAGCAUGAGUACGGAUAUUCAACAUGCUGGUGUUGACAACUUUUUGCUUGCCAUCACCUCACCUCACUGACGCUGAAAACGUUGACAGCGCAAGUGUUACCUGUCCGUCGAAGUGAGGUCGACCGCA